AUGUCGGUAGAAAAUUGUCUACGUGGCCACAAAUAUUUUUUAUUGUUACAGAUACGCCAGUCAUUGCUUCCAGUAGUGCUGCUUACUACAAUAACACUUUCGUCAAGUACCAUUCUUCCAAUUCUAUCAAUAAAAAAAUUGGACACAGAUUCUCUUUUGGAAGACCAAGACAGCGACAAUACUUUAAAAACCAACAGACUUACAAGCAUUAAUCCAAGUGUAUUUUAUAAAAUUCUUAUUGAGUCGUCUAAGGACAAUUUACAGAAGAAAACCCAUCCGGCAAGACUAAAAUAUUCAGUUGAUGAUAAUAAUCAGGAAAGAAAUUUUUUCGACGGAUCAAUCGACACGGAAAAUAAUUAUGACGAUGAAGGUUUUCGUAAAGAACAAUGGCAUAAUUACCCGAGGCAGUUAGAUCGACUUAAUAAAAACUUGUUACUGAAUAAACAUCUUGAAAAGAUUAUUAAUAUCGCCGACUUGGGAAAAGCAAAAAGUUCCGAUGAUACCCGAAAUCUUUAUAACUACCUAAACGAUGAUGUAUACGGAAAUUUUGACACAGAUAUUAUUGCUGAACCGCUGUUCAUUUUAAAGAUUAAAUUAGCGUACUUAAAUAAAAACAUCAAAAAUGAUAACACUGAUUUGAUACCUUUGGUAUCAUCGGCUUACGAUGAUGACAACAAAAUAAAAGAAAACGAUGCAAUACUUGGAAAUGACGACAAAUCCGUAACAAAGGUGAAAAGGAAGGAAAAUUUUAACGGAGAAGACAUAACACUUUUAGUUUUUUUUUCAGAAAAUUUAUCAAGUGAUAAGAAAUCGAUAAAGAAGCGAAUAUUCUCUCUCUGGAGCCGUUUGCAAAGCCUUUCUCACAGAGGACAUGAACUCCACCAUCGAAGACACUUGUACGCCUUCUAUGGCCUUCCAGAAGACAGCGGUGGUGCCCUCACUGCAGAGACGAGAGCUACAUUUUUGAGACCACCCGGCUCGCCUUUAAGAUGGGGUUAA